AUCUAACAGCGAAUCACAAACAAAUAAUUGGACUACACAAUAGAAUUAUUAUCAGUAUAAAUAUAGGGGACGCGGCCAGCAUAAUUGAAACCAUGUCACUAUAGUGUCAUUAACAGCAAUCAAACAUUACACAUCUUCUGGAAAAUCCCAAAAGCAAGCAGUGACGUCAUUUGUGAAACAAAGCAAAAACUGCGCAGAAACACAAGGGAAAUCUGUGUUAGGCAAGGUCCGUCGAAAAAGGGGCGGAGGUGUUAUAGAAACUGAUCCCCCAGAUUUCACUUUUACCACAAUUAAAAACUGAUUAAAAAUCGAAGAGGAGCGAGUUCAAAGUAUUCAGUUCACCAUGACGCGCGAUGAGAAGCUGCCGCUGAAACAGGCGGAGGUCUCCAUACAAAGGUUUCAGGAUAUGGCGGUGCCACACCAUCUGAGCUUAUUAAAGAACCAUCGCAGCAAUAUAGAAAAAAGUCUUGCACUUGGCGACUGGCAAAAAAUCAAAAAAGAGGAACUCAAUGCCUUGAGGGUUAUCAAACAGAUCAAAAAUCUACUCUUAGAAAUGGAUGCACUGCGUGAGAAAGUGAGGGAGGAGGAUCUGGAACGAUUUGAUGCCCUGAUGCGCCCUGGCAGAGAAAAAGCCUUUGCUGGCAUGAAGGAAUUUGCAGAACUGCAACUUAAAUCACCUACCUCCACUUUAAGUUCCCAGUACGACGAUGACAUGGAUAACCAACCCCAGGAGGUGGACAUGAACAGUUUACCCGCACACCGGAAUAUGCCACAACUGCAAUUGAAUUUUCAGCUGGAGGAGCACACGUUAGCCCAAAGACAAGCCUGUCUUGACCAGAUGGAGAACUUGCAAAAGGAGAUCUACGAUCUGCAUGGAAUGUUCAAUGGCAUGCGGCAACUUACUGCAGAGCAGUCGGUGGCGGUGGAGAAGAUCGCAGACAAUGCGGAGGAAGCCUUGGAAAAUGUCCAGCAAGGCGAGCUGAACCUGCGCCGGGCUCUUACCUACAAGAAGGCCAUGUAUCCCGUAGUUGGUGCUCUUCUUGGCACCUGUGUUGGUGGACCCAUUGGGCUGGUGGCUGGUAUCAAAGCUGGUGGACUAGCCGCAGUAGGUUGUGGCAUUCUGGGCUUCACCGGAGGCUCUGUUCUAAAGGCCAAUCCAAAUGUCAUGCAUGGCAAUAUCGAGGAAGAACAAGUGGAACCGGAUAGCGAGUCCACCGAGAGACUGGAGCUCAAGGAGAAGCCAGAAUGACCCACCGAAGACAGUGACCGAAUCGCAUCCACGGCUCUGGCCAGGACGCACAUCUGGUCGGCGAAUACACGGCGUUUGGAGGCGGCAACCAGCGGAGUAAUCUGCAGUGUGCGCAGCUAUUGUUCCGUUCAAUAGAGAUUUUAUACCAAUUUUAGUUCAAUAUCCCCCAUUUUGUGAUUAUCCAUGUGCAGUAGAGCUAAACAGCAUCAUCUCCACUUUGUGUCUAGUUUAAGCGUUGAAUAUUUGUUGUUCACAUGACACCGCAACUGUGUGUAGGUUUUAAGGCUUUAAUAUGCAAUAAUAACUCUUAGCUUUAACUACUA